UUGUGGUCAUCCACGUGUUCAGUUCUAUUCUUUUAAAAAAAAACUCUCUCUCUCUCUCUACACUCUUCUUUCACUCUCCUGCUGCUUUUUUUAAAUUUCUGAUCUUCUGUUUCCCGAAGAGACGUGAUCAAUCUCAAACCCUUAGGUUCCCGAUCAUCGGAAGUGGAGAAAUGCUAGAUCACAGCGAGGAGGAAUAUUCGGAAACAAUGAAGAAAAUAGCUGAAGAUGCGAUCGAACAGAACAGGACUUGUAGUAACGAGAAGAAGACUUGCGCUGAUUGUGGUACGAGCAAAACUCCUCUUUGGCGCGGUGGUCCCGCCGGUCCAAAGUCGCUUUGUAACGCGUGUGGGAUUAGAAACAGGAAGAGAAGAAGAGGAGUGGAAGACAAGAAGCAGCCGAAGAAAACAAACUCAGGUGGCGGCGGCGGAGGUGAUCUGAAGAGAAGCCCUAAAGUUGGUGAAUCAAUGAAACAGAGGAUGAUGGAUUUGGGGAUGACGAAGCGAUCGAGGGUGGAGAAGCAGCUACGGAAGCUCGGGGAGGAAGAGCAAGCGGCGGUGCUUCUCAUGGCUCUCUCUUAUGGAUCAGUGUACGCUUAGGUGGUUUCUAGUGAAUUUUGAAACCAACAAAAAUAUUAGGGGGUUUUUAAAUGAAAUUCAGAGAUUAACGAUGAUGAUUAACAAACGAAUGUGUAAUCUCUUUUUUGUCGAAAUUGUUUGCCUUUGUGUUCUUUUUUUUUUUAAUUCUCUUUAAAAUUCUGAACAUUAACAAGUUUUGGAGUUUGUAAGAAGCCGAAUGAAGAAAGAAAAAACUAGUGGUAGUUAUUCAAGGAGUA